CUAGAUGGUUCGGGACCCGAGCGUAACCCGAGCGAGCGCGGGAGGACCCGAACUGGCCGAAACGACUGACCGAACCCGAAGUCGUGGUGUUUGCUCAUUUUAUGUAUUUCUUUAACUCUAGAGGUAAAAACAAUGUUACCAUGGGCAUUUUAUAAAAUGGGGCCGCAUAAGUGUUUUUUUAACAAUUUGACAAUAUGUUGGAAAAAGAAAACAACAAACAACUCUUGCAUCAAGUGAAUUAUGUGAACUGUAUUACUCAACUUAUUUUCCAAACCUUUUUAAAUAUUUGGAUAAAAAUUAAAAGAUAGAACAGAAUAUUUUUGUUUAGCUUUUUUAAAUUAGUCGAACCAAUUUUUUUCUCAAACUUGCUAAAACAAGACUCCGUCAAUGCAAGUGCCGAAAGUUUGCAGAGACGCAGAGACUUAAAAUUCUUCGGACCAGACCUUGAGGUCAAAAAGUCAGUCACAAGAGACAUUUUAGCUUAACGCUAAAAUGGAAUGAUAGCUCAAGGUGAGGUGUGGGAGAAAAACAGCUAUUAACACAAAAUAAAAACAAUUCGUAUUAGUUGUCCAUUGAAUCCUGUACUAAAGAAGUUGCGAAUAUGACUAAUGUAUUGUAGAACAUCUAACAUGCACAAACAAAAUUUAAAGAAAGUUGUAAGCUUCCAGUUGUCGUAAUCUCUCAUCGAUUAGUUUAAGAGAUUCCGCGCAACAGUUAUGGUCAGGUCUAGUCUUCGGCCUGAUAAUUUAUCUCUCUUUUUCUUCCGAAGUUUCUUAGAUAGUUGUCAACAGAAUUGAGAAGCGAAAAUGAUGCACUUGUUCACAUUUUGGAACAAAAAAAGAAAUAUUAGGCCAGUAAAUGUCACCAUUUUUGUUGACUUAUGGCAAUUUUUCCCCAUCGUAUAUUUUUAAAAUAUUUUUCCAAAAUUAGUUUUGAGUUUGUGGCCAUCCUUUCUUCUUUUCCCCAAGCAAUAUGAGUGACUUAGUGACUUUAGUUGCAUGAUCAGAAUAAUUGAAAUUCAUAUGGCACCUUCGGCUUUGGCUUCGGGCCGAGUCGGGGCCUUCGGCUUGCCUUCGGCUUCGGGUCUCCGUUCGGUUCGGCACCUCCUAGCCUCUCGCAGGGCACCUUUCACACAAGUGCUCUCCAAGAUGAAUACUCGCUCACAGCGCGGCUGGAAGAGAAAUUUCGCGGUGCAAACAACACAAGAAGGAACUCAAAAUGGCUGAUUGGAAAAUAGUUGUGUUGCUGUGAUUUUCUAUCCAGUGCUAAUGACUCGGUUCUAAAUUCAUUUGGCAUUGGACAUGAAUAACGGUCCUGAAGUUGUCCACGAAGGGUGGCUCAUUAAAUCGCCCCCUAGCAAACGACUAGUUCGUGCGAGGUGGCGCAGAAGGUGGUUUGUAUUGAGGCAAUCAGGAGAACUUCCAGGGCAGUAUUUCCUCUGUUACUAUAAAGAUCAAACUUGUAAAACUCUGAAAGGACAGAUUGAUCUUGAUGAAUGCGAACAGGUUGACACUGGUCUUCAGUUUGAGAAUAAAUACCAGCACAUGUUUGAUGUCCGAACCCCAAAAAGAGUGUAUUAUCUUGCUGCAGAAACUGAGGACGAAAUGAUGAAAUGGGUUCACAAUGUGUGCCAUGUGUGUGGAUUGAAAGCUUACACUUCAGAUGAAGAUGCAUACAACUACAGUGGUACAGGCGAAGAAGAACCAUCUACCCCAACUACUGUGAUAACUGAACAUGAUUUAGAAUCGCCUCCCAUUUCUCCUACAAGUACUACAUCAGCUUAUAUACCCAUCAGCGAAUGUAUCACAGGGCCACCUUUAACUAGCACAUCAGGUCUCACUUUACCAACAGCAGUGUAUAGAGCAAGUUCCCAGUUUCACAGACUGCCUCCUCACUUAUUUCCUGGCAAGCGCCCAGAGUCAGUGACAAACAAUAAUGUUAGCACAACCUCAAGCGGACCCUCUGCAGCGGGAGCCAUUAGUGAUGAGUUUUAUGACUUCCCUCGGCAACUAAGGCUCCCCUCCGCACAGGGACUGGAUCUAAUCUCUGGUGACCUAAGGUCUGGGGAUGGCAGGUCCAUGCAGGGAGAAUGGGAUGCUCAAAAGAGUCCUGGUACUGAUGCAGAAAGUGUCUUCACUGAUGAGGAGUGGACUGGUGUUGGUAGACCUGGUCACCGCAGACCUGUGGUUAACUGGGAAACAUUCCCAUCAAGUGAGGGUGAACAGGCCGGCAAUGUUCGCCCUUCAGACAGUUCUGUCGAUUUAGAUACCAGCACUGAGACUGGAACAUGGAAUUCAAGCAAGCGAUGCAGCAAUCGGAACAUUGGAAUUGAUGGCAAACAGCUACCACUGUCAAGUACUGCUCCUCCUCCACCGCGACCACCAAAGCCAUCACACUUGUUGUUGGAUCCUCCUGGUCACAACUACCUCAAUAUUGAAAAUGUGUCCCCAGCGAGUCACACUAAUAAUUUAGCGGAUAAACAAAAGAUUGAGAAUCCCACAGUUUCUGAGCCGCCGUCCCCUUUAAUUGCAACAUCAACUCCUUUGGAUGGUCCUUCAGCAGUUCCUGGAAGUGCUGUCGUGACAGACGACAUGUACGACUUCCCUCGCUCUCAUCAAUAUGCAGAUACACAUGACUCUACGCGGCCACCUGCCAUGGCUAGACAUUGCUAUACCAACGCAGCACCUGGACAGGUGAACAGUGAUGGAACAGUUUUUAGGUAUGAUUUCCAACAAGAUAGCCAGAUACCUUCUGUUGUUAAUCCACCUGGGCUUCAAGAAGAGGAACCAACAUCUCCACGGUCCGAGAGCUCCUCAGUCACAUCUGCAACUCAAUAUUCUAAUCUACCAAGUCCCCAUAUUCUACCUCCGGGGGGAAUACCCACACCCCCAGCAGUAGAUAGAGGAUUAAAACCUCGUCGUAAAACUUCAGACUCUGCUGCUUCAAAUGAACCAUCACCAAGUCCAUUGAGCCAACACAGCGUUGGCCCGCCCAGUGUGGAUCGCAAACUAAAACCCCUUUGUCACCCUCAUGAUUCUAAUUUUCUUACACUUUGGCCUGCGCCACAAGGUAAGCGUCAGGAUUGUUCGCGCAGCUUACGUAAGACAAGAACUGGCCCAAGUCCUACUCCUCCCCAACCACCAGGAUCUGCUCCUUCCACAUUGCGAAAUGGUUUUAGAACUAGAACAGAACAUCACUCCAGUUCUGACGAUGAACAUCGCCUUUCUCCUGAUGACGAUCAGUUUUACAAACCAUAUGGUUCUGAUCAUCUUUUCCUCUCCAUGGGGAAAGAAAUCAAGUACCUUGACUUGGACUUAACUGAACAGGACAGCAAAGACACAAGCACUCCUAUUACCUCCUUAACAUCUGCUACUGGUGGAGUCAGCAUUCACCCUGCUCCCAAAUCUCCUGAGAAAGGUCCACCAACCACAACAGUCUACAAAACUGUCGACUUUGUUAAAACAGAAGCAUUCAACCGCACUAGACAAGAGGUGGAGGCAGAAAAGAAGAAAAAAGAAAAUGGAUGACUUGAUGCCAAUGACAGAAAGCACCUCUUAAGUCAUUUUUUAACUGUAAGAAAUCGAUUUUUAUGAAAUUUAGAUGUGUUUUUGUCUGAUCUUUUAAUUGUGAUCGUAGUGAUAUUUAUAGCUGCUCUGAGAUGGAGAGUUAAGCUAAUCGAUCACGGAAGCAAGGCUUCUGUAGUAAUUUUGGCACUUGAAUUUUACUCAUGAAUGAAGUUUCCUGUCUUGUGUAAUUUGAUUGACUCUCUGUGAUUUUUAAGUAUUUGUUGCUCAGUGCCUUGCCAGGGUAAAAAAGUUUUCCUGCAACAUUAUUCACUGUUGAUUGACUGUUGUCUGUGAGAAUAAUUUAGGUUUGGUUUGUCAAGUUUGACGAUUUUCAUAGCACUAUUUUUUAAAGUCCGUAAGCUUACUAAAUGUUGUUCUAAUGCAUUUUAAUAUUGUGCGCACACUGGUCUAUAUAGGCUAUUUAUUCUAUUCACGCUCCAUAUAUGGAUUUGGUAGGAAGGAACUGUCUGCCCAUUCCUGUAAACGUCUUUGCUUUGAAGAAUUUUCUAGAUUACUCCUUAUUUUUCUGUGUAUCUCAUAAGUCGUAGUACCAUUCAAGGGCAGAAAUCUUUCCAAUCUUAGUUUCAUACAAUUUAGUGUCUUAUCCGCAACAAAGCAUUCUCUUGGUACAUUUUUGAGCAAUAUUUCAUAUUCACCACUAUCAGUUCAUUGUUAAAAGUGCCUAUUUUGUUAUUGAUAACUGAAUAGUUAUGCAACUAUUUUUUAGAGUAAUAAUACUUUUUCCGCAUGAACUGUUUGUGCAAGCUGCCGUGUAUUUGUUUUCGUGUAGUGCUACCAAAUUGCUUAACUAUGUGACUUGCUGCCUUGAAAUGUUGCCUAGGAUAUCUCUUGAUAUUAGCUCAUUUAUAUUCUAUAUUUUUAACCAGAAGCAUGCUGUGUAUCUGUAAGUAUUAGUUGUCUCUGGAAUACUUUUAAAAGGCUUGUAUAGUAACAAGUCUCCAUAUGUUACUAGGAUCCCAUAUGAGAUUGUUGAUGCAGAUAUUUUUGAAACAUGACAUUGCUGACCACUCCUUCUUACAAGGGUAUUUUUUGGAAUUAUUGUGUUGUUAAAGAGACCACUAUCAACUCUUUGAUCUGAUUAAGCAUACAAUUUUAGAUUUCAAUUUGUAUUUUUCUUUGAAGUAGUGAUAGUUAAAAGGGAAAAAGGGAAACCUAUGGUGUGAACAAAAAUCCAUGCAGAUAAAAUUGCUUGCCUGUUCUGAUGAACUCGGAUUUGUGAGGACAAUGUUGUUUUUGUUUUUCUAAUUUCUUUUUGGAGCAGGCAGAAAGAGUUUUAAUGGUUCAGAGUCCCAAAGUGAAGAAACUUUCUUAAAAUGACCAGGUUAGUAGGUAAGACCUGAAUCUUUGUCCAAGUGAGGUCCAAGCCCACAGUGGCCAUUUCUAUUUAUUUUUAGAAACAUUGGAGGACAGUUUUGACUGCCAUGUACCCCAUUUGUUAACUAGAGAUACUCAGCCAUAUCUUACUUGUUAUACUCUUUUAUUCAAUCAAUGGUAUGAAACUCUUGUAUUAUGAUAGUUCUAUCAAUUAGCUUGAAUAUUGGCCUUGUGUGGCUAGAACCUUUUUGCCUUGUAAAUUAAGUGUGAUUUGUAAUUUAAAUGUGAGACAUGUUUUUUUGCGAAGCCCACAAUUUUCAUCGCAAUUGGAGUUUUAAUUUUGUUUAAUUUAAUGUAGGUGUGCUCUAGUAAUCACUGAACAUUCUUGUUCUUUAUCCAAAUGCAAGUGUG